AUGGAGGCGUUGGAGUCUAUGUAUGCACACAACGCCCUCUGCCUGCCCAAUGGAGUCUGUGUGCUUGUGCAGCCGGACAAGCCGUACAUCUGUGCUCUGGCGUUGACGGAUGAAUCCAAGGCGAUGAGCUUUGCAAAGGAACACGGCAUUGAUGGCAAAUACCCAGAUAUAUUACAGGACCUUGUUUUCCGCCGCAAGGCCACGGAAUCUAUGCAGGCAACGGCACGCAUGGCCGACAGGCAGAAGUUUGAGGUUGUGCGCCAAGUGCGCUUUCUCAGCGAUGAGUGGACCCCUGAAAAUGAGGUGCUUACAGCUGCUGGAAAGCUGAAGCGGCGCAUCAUUGAUAAGCGGUAUACCGAUACCAUCCAGUCACUAUUCCUGGAAGAAUGA